AUGUCUCAAGAACCAUCUGCCGGCGUGGCAAAUCACUCAACUAUUACAUCGGCCGAAGCACAAUACUACCCUCGCCAUGAUGCUUCUACGCUAAAUGCGACUACGGGUACGGAUGCUAAAGAUGCUCUAGAAGCCACUACAGCCAAGAUGAAUUUGGAAUCAUCUACAUCUCAAAUGUUGGAUAAUGUAUCUUCAUCAGAUCGACUGGAGCUCAAAGCUCCAGAUAAUCCUUCACAGUCAGGCUCUGCCUUGCACGAAAGUCCUGAUGUUGAUGAUCUGUCGAAAUUGAUACUAGAUAUGGUAUUAAUAGGCGGAGAUGGAGGGACAGUGAAUGCGGAGAACUCCAGUUCAGUCGCACCACCAACAUCUAUCGUACGACCACUCAAAAAUAUAAAACCCUCGACUCAGCCUCAGCCUUCUACAAUUGCGACCACUACAACAUCCGCAAUAUCUCAUAAUACUCAACAUCAUUGUCAAACAUCAAUACCGACUCUUACUGCCAAUCCACAAAUCUCGAGUGACCACGCCACCUCUACCAACUUCGCCGGCACUUCGAAGGAAAAUAUGAAUGUCGUUAAGAUCAAAGUCAAUCAUCGGAAGAUGGCUCGAGUCAAGGCACAUCCAAACGCCUUGACGGUUUACGAGGCUGAACUUACAAGCAAGGAUAGAGCGACUCAAAAAGAAGCUGUCAGGCAAUACUUGGAGAACCGUGUGAAGCAGGACUGGAAUUGGGUGCGGCCAGCAGAAGAAGACGCCUCUAUCGAUAUUAUGGAAGCAUUGGCUAAACACCCUUCUUCGGAUAAUCUCUCAAAUACUAGUACGAACAGUCCAGCAUACAAGGAGGAAUGGCGACAAAGAGAUGAAUGGGAAAGUGAUCCCAGCGAGAGCGAGGGCGACAACCCCACUUCCCCUAAAGGUCCCGUAAAUAUAAAUUCUCCGGACAAGGAAAGCCCGUUCCGAUUUGACAGUCCCGAUGGUGUGGGUCAAUUGGUCAAACAGAGACGAGCCGCUCGAAGACGCAAACACAAAAAGAAGCUUGCGGCGGAAAUGGAAUGGAAUACAGGGGUACACUGUUAUGUUGAACGACGUGACGCGUGGACUUGUGCUCGACAUGUCGCUCCUGCUGCUUGGCGUGACCCCGGCGCUAUCGAAAAAACACAAGCCCACACAAAUGGAAGUCUCCGUACAGCUGUGGUCGAUUCGUCGGAUGAAGAAGGCUGGGACACGGAAGUGCCGAUUGCCAAACCACUAUUACCACCUGACAAUGCAAUGAGAUCGAGCAUCACAUCUCAAGCUUACAGCACGAUAUACGACAAAGUCAUCUUGCAAUCAAUGACACCUAGUUGUCCUAUCAAUUUAUCCGAUGUCAUACAGAGCUGUGUACAAGGAUGGAAACGGGACGGAGAAUGGCCCCCUACUUCAUCUGUCCCUGAACCUGGUCUCGCGGCGAAGAAGAAGCAAAGAAGAUUGAGUAUGUUAAAUAUAUUAGGGUUGAACCAACCCACAAUACCUGGGGGUAGCACCGGGGCGGAUAAAAGUCCACAGACGCCAAAUUCCAUUAAAAAAGGACUAAAAAACUUCUGGAAACGCGGAGACAAGAUUAAAGGUGGGCCUGAGGGUGGAACAGGGGCUUAA